AAUAUCUCCAUAUUAUUUCAUAAAAAUAAAUAAAUAAAUAAAAAAUCUCCGUACUGAUAUUAUUUGCAGGGAUAGAAGACCCGAAAAAUCAAUGUUGACUUCACAGUCUAUAAAACGCUUAAAAAACAAGUCUGAUUGCCUUUCUGAAUUCCUUUGAUCAACUUUGGGUCCAUUCCUCCUUUUGUUAAUUCCCAAUGAAUAACACCUUCAACAAACACCUUCAUUUCAGAAAACCAAUGAAUAUUACUUUGAUCCCUUUCUACCUGUUUCUGAUCUUUUUUCACCUCCACACCAUUGCAGUAUCCGAUGACUCAACACCGCAUUCGUACAUCCCUCAGGACAACAUAGCCAUUGACUGUGGCACACGAAGUACCAGGAUGGCAACUUUGGACAAUCGGACUUGGGUAGGAGACAGCCCAAAUUUUUUUCCACCACAACAGAACCAAAAUAGUGAGUCAAUCACCUUUAAUGCCACUAAGAGUCGCAUGAGUGAUGAUAUCCCUUACCAAUCAGCGCGGCUCUCUCGCUCUGAAUUCACCUAUACCAUCCCCGUCAACCCUGGCCAGAAGUUUAUCAGGUUGCACUUCUACCCUGAUGUAUACGGAGACUUUGACACCUCCAAGGCAUUUUUCACCGUCAGCACGCCUCAGUAUACUCUCCUUAAAAACUUUAGCGCUUUUCUUACAGUUCAUGCUCUCGAUCAACGGAGCAUAAUGAAAGAAUUCUGCCUAAAUGUUGAAGAAGGAGAAGUUCUGAGCAUAACGUUUUCUCCCAGUUCCAGCUCAGGCUCAGGCUCAUUUGCUUUUAUCAACGGAAUUGAAGUAGUUUCCAUGCCCACCAAUCUUUAUUAUUCAGACUCGACAGCCGAAAGGGAUAAACCAAAACUUUUGGGACAGUCGAACGAUAUAUAUCUCAUCCAAAACGAGACCGCUAUGGAGAUGAUAUACCGUAUAAACGUCGGGGAAUCAAGGAUCCCACCCGCUUAUGAUACCGGUAUGUUCCGGAAUUGGGACGUGGAUGACAACUACUUAACCGUAGCAGAUCCGAGUAUUGUUCCAGUUAUGCCCCAAAAAUAUGACUUGAUCUUCAAAAGGAUUCAACCUUGCACGGCUCCAGCUCGUGUCUAUAGGAAUGGCCGGUCCACGGGGAAUACUACAGAUGAAGCUUUACUUCAGAGCUAUAACCUCACCUGGGGGUUUCCCGUAGAUUCCGAGUUUUUUUAUCUGGUUAGGUUGCACUUCUGCGAGUUUGUAACAGGUAUAGACAAGGAGAGCGAUCGGGUUUUUUAUAUUUACAUAGCAAAUGAAACCGCUGAGUAUCAUGCAGACAUAAUCAUGUGGAGUGGUGGUAAAUAUGUUCCGGUUUAUAAAGACUACGUCGUUGGAUUGCUUGGCCAAGGAAGCGGGAAGAAAGUAAACCUCUCUAUUGCUCUGCAUGUAAACCCAGAUCGAAGCCAAACUGCUUACCUGGAUGCAAUGUUGAACGGGAUCGAGAUGUUCAAAUUGAACGACUCUGAUGGCAAUCUCGCUGGUCCUAAUCCUAACCCUUGGAUAUCCCCACCCCCACCAAGCGAAGAACAACAAACAAAGGAGGAGAAGAAUAAUCGAACAGCAAUUAUAGGCAUCUCAUCUGGCAUAGUAUCUGGGAUAUUUCUACUGUCUGUCAUCGGAUUCUUGAUUUUCCGACGAGGAAGAAAAGUCAAGAAUUCUUUCUCUGUCGAUGGGACUACUAAGUCCACCAAGACCCGCUGUGCAUCUCUACCCUCAGAUUUGUGUCGUUACUUUUCUUUGGCUGAGAUGAAAGUCGCCACCAACAACUUCGAUGACUUGCUCAUUAUUGGGCGUGGAGGGUUUGGUAACGUGUACAAAGGGUAUAUUGACAAUGGGACCACCGCUGUUGCCAUCAAACGGCUCAAACCGGAGUCAGCACAAGGGGCCCACGAGUUCAAAACCGAAAUCGAGAUGCUUUCUCAACUCCGUCACCUCCAUCUCGUGUCUCUUAUUGGCUACUGCAACGAUGAGCGCGAGAUGAUGCUGGUCUACGAAUACAUGGCACGUGGGACACUCCAGGAGCACCUCUACAACAGCGAUAAUCCACCGCUUUCCUGGAAACAACGUCUCCAGAUUUGUAUCGGAGCGGCACGUGGGCUUCACUAUCUUCAUACAGGUUCGAAGCACACCAUCAUUCACCGCGACGUAAAGUCGACGAAUAUACUUCUGGAUGAGAAAUGGGAGGCCAAGGUUUCGGAUUUUGGGAUGUCAAAAAUGGGCCCCACCAGCAUGUCCAAGGCCCACGUGAGCACAGUGGUGAAGGGUAGUUUAGGGUAUUUGGAUCCUGAAUACUACAGACGUCAGCAGUUGACGGAGAAGUCCGAUGUAUACUCCUUCGGUGUGGUCCUGUGCGAGGUUUUAUGUGCUAGGCGACCUUUGAUAAGAACGGUGGACAAGAAGCAAAUGAGCCUUGCGGAGUGGGCCCGCAGUUGUUAUCACAACGGAACGCUUGAUGAGAUUAUGGAUAAACAUCUGAAGGGUAGGAUUGCACCAGAGUGCUUGAGGAAGUACGGUGAGAUCGCAGUCAAUUGUUUGGUCGAUAACGGAAGCGAACGGCCAUCGAUGAACGAUGUGGUGUGGGGCCUAGAAUUCGCAUUGAAGCUGCAACGGAGCGCAGAGGAGAAUACGAGUCUGAAUGGGGAACUUACCAGUGAAAUUAAAGGUAAGGAUGAAAGGCCUUUUUUCAAUUACAGUGAAGAUGAAGGAAAAUUUUCUUGUAGCUGGGAACAUACGUCGGAAUUAAAGAGUGGCGAAACCAAAACCAGUAGCAGUGAGCACAGCAGAGAGACAAAUCAAUCUAUUAAAGGGAUGUCUGGAGCUGUGUUUUCUGAAAUCAAUAAUCCCCAGGCAAGAUGAUUAGUUUAUGUGUAAUGUCAAAUAAGUUGAAUUUCCUUUUUUCUUUUUCUUUUUUUUUUGACCUUUCUAUAUAUUUGAUGUUUCCAAUCCAAAUCAAAGUCCAUGCUUGAGUUAGAUCGAAAAUACGUGUCCAAAUUGUAUCUGUCUUCUUUGCUUAAUAUUCAUAAAGCUGUUCAGAGGUUCCAUUUUCAA